UACCAACCAAUCGAUCGGGGAUGAGCUCAGCACCAACAACCACUCACCACCAUCAUGCAAACCACCUUGCGCUGCUUCACAUUGCCGUGUUGCUGUUACUGCUAGCACUCGUACCACAGGGACAGCUGCAGAGAAACAGACCCAAAGCAGGCACCAUCACGCACAACUUGCGCGUUUCCAAAAUUGUGUGCGUCAACACGCCGUACAAGCUGACGCAUCUGAACUAUUGCAAGAUGGAGCAGCUCCCGAACGGAACGAUCGCACUGAACGCCUCGAUAGACGUGCCAAUAGUGCUCAACUAUCUGGAGAUAACGGCCAAACUGUUCUACAAGUACACCACCUACCGACCAUUCAUGAUCGACUGGAACAUCGAACUGUGCCAAGCAUUCCGCUCGGGAGGAUACAAUCCCUCCAGUGCGCUGGUUUUAAAAAUCAUCGAAGCAACAAUACCCGAGUUCUACUAUGCCUGCCCACACGGAAACCGCACAUACGCGACGGUAUGGUUGUUCGAACAAAAACUCAUUCCCAAAAAUAUACCCUCCGGCGAAUAUCGGCUUGACAUCACGUUCAGCGAAUCGACCAAAACCAUACUGUUUUCCAUGCAGGCGUACGGAGCAGUGCGCAAGCAGGGACUCCUCGGUUGAUGCGGUACAUGGAGUGAGGAUCCAAAGUUCAAUGAAUGGUAUUUAAUCUUGUUGUUUUAAAUAAAGUAUUCUUCUUCUUCUUUUUCUCCACUUGCAACAGCAUCCAUGCGUUGAUCUAGUGCCUGCGUCCAAAAGUUGACUUAUUAUGCCUGUGUCACAAGAUAGAUCUUAUUCUAAACCUGCAUAAAUUUUAUCCAAAAAGCAGGAUAAUUAAUCCAGCACAUAUCCUGCCUUUCUAUAGCGCUUUUUUUACAAAUACAGGCAUGGAACUGACCGAUAUCUCAGUAAUCAGUAAUAACCACGACGAUCUUUAGCAGUAACUACUUCCAAACCUAUAAUUAGUUGUGUUGAUUUGCGUAUGUAUUAUAUGAUUCGGCAAUUCAGUGUAUAAUAACGCAGUAUUAUGGAUUUAUCUUGUUCUCUUAUUAGGUAACGAUUAAUUCAUAAAUUAGGAGAGUUGUAACCUCAAAAACACAACCAAUAUCUACAACAACGCAAAAAUUUAAUGGAUUCAUUGUCGUCGGUGUUUGAUGCAUCCUUAUGACGUGAUCUAUGAUAACCCAAAAUCUAAUCAAAACCUUCGUCAAUCGUUUUUUGAAUGUAGAGAACACCAUGCGAUAAAAUCGGUUCACUCGAUCGGUAGCACCUAAACCUAAAAUGUUUGAGUAAUCAGGACCUUAGUAAUGAUCAUGCGGAUGAUGCUGCAGACAAUGAUGAUUCUUUCACUCUAUUACAGAACCGUACGUAUCCUCCCUAUUGGAUGUUCAAACCAGGUUACAUUCCAACGACCAAACCGUCGUCCGGGACUUCACAUACGUAAGCCGGGUGUGAUCGAUUACGGUCGUAACCCUUUUGCAUAGCAAUUGCUAGAGGAUGAGCUUGUGACAGACCAAAAAACCCUAAGUAAUAUCAAGCGUUCUGGUCAUGUUCUUGGAUUAUUGAUUCGAACACAACGAAUCUGUAAUCGUUAAUGAAAAUUAGUAACCCAAUCUAGUCAACAACUAAUUGCAAACAAUUCGUUCGCAAACGAUUUAAUUAUAACCAUUAAAAGAGCCUUAUUAGACGUGGGUUGAAAUGACUACAUUAUGUUAAAUGCAUGUUCCCAACUCCAUACUGGCUAGUGAUCAUCAAUCAAUCGAUCCGGAAUGAAACCAUCAGCAGCAGCACCAGCAGCAGUAGCAGCGAAACUGAAUGCAUCCCAACUUGCACUGCUGAACUUGACAGUGCUACUGUUGCUUCUGGCAUUCGUACCGCAGGGCCAGCUGCAGAGAAAGAGAGCCAGCAUUAAUAUCACACACAACUUGCGCAUUACCAAAAUGCAAUGUACCAAUACGCCGUACAAGCUGUCACAGCUGCACCUUUGCAGGAUGGAGCAGCUUCCGAACGGAACGGUUGCGCUGAACAUUUCGCUCGACGUGCGGCCCGUGCUCAACUAUCUGGAGAUAACGGCCAAACUGUUCUACAAGUACACUACCUACCGACCGUUCAUGAUCGACUGGAGCAUCGAACUGUGCCAAGCGUACCGGAUGGGCGGGAUCAAUCCCUCCAGUGCGCUGGUUUUAAAAAUCAUCGAAACAACAGUGCCAAACAUCUACUAUGCCUGCCCGCACGGGGUAAGUGUUCUGUAGCGUUCGCCAACGUCCGUCGGUCCGAUUUCAUCGCUAAUUCCGUGUCUGAUUCUAUUCUACAGAAUCGCUCAUACUCGGUCCUAUGGUCCUUUGAUCCGAAAUUUAUUCCCGAUAAACUACCCUCCGGCGACUAGCGGUUGGACAUCGUGCUUCGUGACACGUCCAACACCGAGCUGAUUGCGAUGCAGAUGUACGCAGCAAUGCGCAAACAGGGACUCAUCGGUUGAUGCAUGAAGUGAGCAU